AUGGCCAUCAAUCAGGCUUUCGUCGACGGCGCCCAAGCCGUCGCCAGAGCAGUGCAAUACCAGGUCCGACAGGCCACUACGUCUGCCGUAUCCUCUGCCAUCUCCAGUGCGACGUCGACCCCGUCCUCGAGCCCCUCCGGGACUGGGACUCCUCUCCCUCCGCAAACAUCGACAACCUCGAAUACGCCGAUGCCAUCGCAAACCGACAACAACAAUAACAACGACGGCGGUGGCGGCAAUUCAGGGACUAGUUCGCCACUUCUAUUUUUCGUAGCGCUGGGAUUUGGUGUCGUAUUUACGAACCUAUGGAUCAUCGUCGGUGUCAAGUACUGUUUCCGAUACAAUGCCCGCAAUCGCCAAAUGAGAGGGCUGGAUGAGAACGGGGAGCCCAUCAACCUCGAAAACAUGCCGACCCGCCCGCAUCGACGGCGGCGCGAGAAGAAACUCAUGAGCAUGGACGAAGUCAACGAGAAAUUUCCGAUGAUGAAGUACAAGACUUGGGUUUCUGGCAGAGCGAGGGAGGGGUUGCCCACGGCAGGCGGUGUCUCAGCACCACCAAGUAGAGCUAACAGCGUACGGAGUGUUGAAGGCAUCGUACCGGAAUUACCUUUCAAGGAACGAGACUCUGUUGAAGGUCGUCCCGCCACCAGCUCUACACCGAAACCCGUUGAUAAGGACCAGCCCGGACCGACCACCGAGAAUACAGACGUCGCAUCUGGUGGCAAUGCUGCCAAUGACACCGCUAAUGAUACCACAACGCUCACCCAGGCCCAGACUGCUCAGACAGUCGCGAGCGUGAUAACGAAAGACGACGAAAGACGACCGAGUGCCGAUGAAGAAGAAGAAGAAGAAGAAGAAGAAGAAGAAGAAGAAGAAGAAGAGGACGAACACAUCAACGCCGCCAUCCCUCCGGAGUUGAUGGGCACUGCGGGUGACACAUGUGCUAUUUGUAUUGACCAACUCGAAAAUGACGACGAUGUUCGCGGCCUAACAUGUGGCCACGCAUUCCAUGCCGUCUGUCUCGAUCCUUGGCUCACCAACCGUAGAGCAUGCUGCCCCCUGUGCAAGGCGGAUUACUACACGCCAAAGCCUCGGCCACCUCCGACCGGUGGCGAUGCGAACAGCCCCAACUCUCCCACGUCUGGUGACCCUUCGAGGAACCAAGGCCGCUUGAAUAUGCCUAGAGCACCCCAGCGAACCUUUACGUCGUGGAGUCAAUUGCGCGAAGCACCUCGCAUGAUGUUCCCGGGACGUAACAGAGGCAGUGCGGCGGCACCGUCGGAAGCAGGAAGCCAGGGGCAACAGCCGCGUUUAUGGGGGAGGCAACGUCCGGAACGGCCUCGACGCCAUAAUACUGCAGGACAGACCCAACCCCAGCCUACCGCGGCCGCCCAGGAUGAGAAUGGCAAUUGGGUUCAGAGAUUCCGUGGACGGUUCCCACCGUUCAGGUUAAAUCAAAUGAUGCGAAGGGAUCGGGAAGGACAACCCGCCCAGACGACUGAAAAUGCUGCUGAUGUCAAUGGCGGAAACGCUGCUUCCACUGUGGCAACACCAUCGCAAUUAGAAUCAGGAGUACGACCCUCGGCUACUGCGACUAGUUAG